CCGUUCUCGAGCAUACCGGUAAGGGUUUUGGCAUCUUCUCGUAUCAUUUCGUCUUUAGCAAGAAUGGUGUCCGAUGCUGUUUUCCUUUCCGAAGUGGAGGCUUUCUUGGCCACCUGUGAGUUGUCGGCGACUAAAUGUGAUAAUGAACUACAACGAAAACACUCAACUAGCAAUCCUGAUAGCCAGGACACCAGAACUACUGGUGGAGAGAAGCAGGAGACCAACGACCAUGCCACCGGCAAGGACAAGUCAUACUACAGACGCCGUAAGAUGGAGCGGAUAAACUUACGGCAGCAGGUGAGGGACUUGGCAGCGACAUUGGAAAAACUACAGAGGACCAGUGAGAUGACCAAAUCCUCCAUGUGGAUGUCAAUGGCGAAGUAUCAAAAACAAGAGCGGCUCAACGCAGAGGAGAAGCAGCGACGGCUAAGCGCAGCAAUCGACGCUCGAGCUGCCAUGAUCCAAGAAUUUUUCAAGUUAGUACAGUCCCAUUUCAGUGUUUUAGGUGGGAUAACAGAGAAAGAGGCUCAAUUGAUCGAGGGUAGGGACGAUUCGUCGCACUCCGGUCCAUUCAAGAGAAUUCGAGUCGAUCCGCCGCUUGAUGAAACAUUGGAGCGCUAUGUGAAUGAACUUGAUCAAACCGACAAAAGCACUAGCGGAGGUGAGUCUGAGAACGAAGUUUGGAGAGACUCCGGGCAGGAUUAUGAUCAGAGUGACAAUAACGAUCCAGAAGGAUCUACCGACUUUGUGGAUAAUGAAAAUGGCAAAGACUUGAUUUCCGUCAUACAUGCAGUGGUCUUCAGCGUGUGUUCAGCAUGUUUCGCCUUACUACAUGAAAUAGAGCCUACGCGAAUUAAUAGAUUACAAACUCUCUAACAACGAUAGUUUUUGCGUACAGGACACACGCCCAAGGUGUAAGCAAGAUGCAUCAAGCAAAAUAUCCGAAGGGGGAAGCAUUAAAGUGCCACCACUGUCCGAGCCCCAUUUGUAAGUAGACUGAAGCGUCUGUGUUACUUGUACGAAGGGAGCCUAUACACUGUCAUACAGAAUCCUUUCAAUCAUUUCAUACCAAAAAAUACAAGAAAACUAGCGAGGGCCGUAAAAUUCACCCUACGUAAAAUGCGCCUCGCUAUUCUCUCUAUCUUCC